AUGCCUUUCUACCUGGAGAACAAGAUUGACGACGUGUAUCGAAGCUCCAGAGCGACUCUAAGAUGUGUCGAAGAAGGCCCAUCUGAGCUGUCAACAAUUAGUCUUGAUGUCAGGCAUCUUAUGGAAACCAUCUGGUUGUUAGUAGACGCCACCGAACCGUCUAUUGCAUUAUUCGACAUGGCUACCAGAGAGCAAGCGUCGGAAGUCUGGAGUGCCCUCGAGGCCUGUGAGCGUAACCUAAUCAACAUUCGAAGCAUCUGGUCAUCCUUUGCUCGAUUUGACUGGCAAGAGCAAUCGCAGUUCACAACAGAGGCAUGUCUGUCGACCGGAGGGUUACGCUACCUACAGUCGAAACUCGUGAGCUAUUCUACCACACUCAAGAGCUUAUUGGUGGGCUUCAAAGUCUCUUCCACAACGUUGAACUGGCCGCCUAAUCUUGAUGUGCUCGGGAGUAUCCAAACCGAGCUUCUAGCCGAGGGUGUGCAAGUUGAUCAUCUGCAUAACCGGCACGAUGAGAUAAAAGCUUACAUUCGGUCGCUGGCUGUUGGCGAGGUUGUGGAGCCUUUGCACGUCGACCAACCACCUCCCCGAAGGUACUCGUUGCCAUCGCCCGCGAUUGCAGAAGAUCAAGUUUCAAUUACAGCCCCGCCGCCACGUCGCCAUGUGUCUAGUCUAGCAGAACAAUUCUCUUCGCUUUUCGAACCACGAGCGCUUCGUCGACCGUCACUCGUUGAAACAUUCAUCGAUGAUACCAUGCUGUUACCGAUAUCUGAACAUGUCACAAUGACAGAGAGCAAGCUCGGUGAAUCAAAUUCGAGCAAGUAUUCUGGCGCGCCUAUUCGAAAAGAUUCCCUGGAUCCGACUGCAACGUCUCUUGUCUCGCGUUUGUCUUCAGCCAUGGCAAACAUGGCGUUCUCAGUCAGUCUGCAAAACAAACCACGGAGCUCGCGGCCACCACCUCAGCGAUCAUCUUCUGCUGUCUUUCGAGGAUUGGCGAACGAAGAACGUGCUACUGGUGAAUGA